UCUUCCAUAUAUUUUACCUCUCAACCUUCAUUAUUCCUCUCCUCUCUCUCUGCAAAAUGGAAGACCACACUUCUAAACUCUUUCCAAAUUCAUCUGAUCCAUCUCCCAACAUGGAGGGUUUCCAUAUGGAAUCUAAGAGACAUAAUUAUAGUGUUGAUUUUAGUACGAGAUCCCACAUGGCUGAGAAACCUAACACGGCAGCAGGGAGGUUCUUGUCCGAGGAAAGCAACAGCGAUGGGAUGAACAUAUCUGCGAAGAAGAUGAAGAAGAAGACGGGUGAGAAGAAAGUCAGGAAGCCAAGAUUUGCGUUUCAGACAAGAAGCCAAGUUGAUAUUCUUGAUGAUGGUUAUCGUUGGCGGAAGUACGGCCAGAAAGCAGUCAAAAACAACAAAUUUCCUAGAAGUUACUACCGAUGCAGUCGUGAGGGGUGCAACGUGAAGAAGCAAGUGCAAAGACUAUCGAGAGACGAGAGCAUCGUUGUCACCACAUAUGAAGGGAACCACAAUCAUCCGGUGGAAAAACCAAGUGACAAUUUCGAACAAAUUCUCAGCCAGAUGCAGAUUUAUCCUCCUCUUUGAAUUAUAAUUGUAAAACUCUAGUUAUAUUAUACAUAUAUAUCAUGUGAUAAGAUCCUAGAAGAAUAUUGUAUGUAGAUUAAAUAUGUGUAGUGCGUCUAUUAUAUAUUUCAACCAGAAAUAGUUAUCUCUUUCUCU